GUGCUGUCUGCCGACUGCAGCGCAGGAAGUGACAUCACCAUGUCUCCGGAGGAGCGGACACACAUGCGGCACUCCAGCGUCCGUGAACAGGACCGUCACACCGAAGGAACCUGCUUCCUGUUGGCCGCCAGCGACUACACCUGCACAGCGGACGCGGCCAUUCGCAAAACAGCUACUGUAUCACCUCUGGCUGACGUACAGUUUAUAUCGGCCAGAGACGGGGAAGGCGGGGCCAGCAGAGACUCAGAUGGAUUUGAUGAAUUGGAUUGGACAGUCUGGAAUAGAAUAAGCCUGUGAUUGGACAGUUCUGAAAGCGGACGCUCUGUGAACAGAAAAGCACACUUACGGAUCGAUCGGACUGCUCACGACAUUUGGAGUUUCCCGUUUAUUUUCGGUGUGGAUACAGACUGAAGCCAGUCGGCGCAAUGAAAAAAAAAAAAUCACGAUAUGGAUAGUGAAACGUUUCCUGCUUAAAACGAGUCGGCUCUCCAUUUAAAUGUCGCAUCUGUAUAAAGGACACACAUCCACCUGUGGCUUCCCCUCUGUGACAGGUAGCAAAUCAAACACCCCCUCGAACCCCCUUCCAAGGCCUCUGUCGUUGCAAUAAGUGUAUUAAGAUGUGUAGAGGCACAAGUGUUUAAAAAUGAAGUAUUAGUGUAUCGACUAUACUAAACUACAGAGUAGAGAGAAAGUAAACACGAUAAGUUUAAUAAAUGUGACCUUCAGUCAUUUAUGUUUUUAUUUGCUCUAGUAUCUCUGGUGGAUUCAUUGUUGUCUUUGUGUGUGUUUGUAUGUGGGAUGUUGAUCUCAAAUGGGACACUUAAAGGAAUAGUUAAGCCAAAAAUU